CCAGCCGAAACAGCCACUUAACUUUCUUUUUUCCGUCAGGGGAGGCCGAAAAUGGCGUUCGUGCUGCCGAGGAAGGUGUUCGUGCUGCCGAAGAAGGCGGGCGUGUCGCUGAAGCAGGUGAAGAGCAUCCUCGUCCGCUUCUGCCCCUUCGAGGCCAACGUGGAGAGCACCAGAAAUUUCCUUCAGUGCCUGCAUGUAAAGAAAGCAUACGCAUCUAACGUCAACUGUGAUGUGAAAACAGAAAUAAAACACGAUGGAUCAGAACCAGUAAUUGACAUCACAUUUGCUGACGGUGACAGACUGAUUAUGAAAGGAGCCAACCUAACAAUCCGAGAGAUGUUGCAGGCAUUCAACUCUCGAUGUACUGCUAAGGAACUUGUGACACAAGAGAAGUCCCAAAAGAAGGCUAACAAAUGAAUAGUUAGCAGGCAUAACACCACAUGGAAACUGUUUUGCAACUUCCUCUUUUUGGAUGAUGGGAAGGACUUUGCCAAUAACUGAAGGAAACUUGGGGCGGAUAAAGGCAGAAGCUAGAAAGGUCUGACUCAUAACACCAUGAUUUCUUUGAAAUUUUGGUUAAAGCUAAAAUGAAUGUUAUUGUUCAAACAUCUGAUACUGGUUUCAAGUGGGGGAAGAGUCCAGUGAGUUGAUUAACUCCUUUGUGCUCACAAAUGUUACGAGUGUAUUAAUUUAAUCUACAGCUGAAAGCCUAAUAAAAAACUGGUUUAUUUCUGCCA